AUGUUGAGCCACCUCAGAGCCCGCAGCAGGAGUUUGUUCCCCAGCUACAAGCACGGCAGCAGGACUCAAGCCGCCAAAGAACAGGCCGACUAUCUGGACCUCACAAACACUUUUGUUAAGCCAUGGAACUCCAUGCAGGAUCUGGGCAGAGACAUCUAUGAUCUUUAUGCUGAGUACGAAGAUGAGGAGGAGGAGGAUCGGCUCCCGGUGUCUUCCUCCCACCUGCUGCUCUCUCCAACCAAACACUUCAACCUGAACAUCAAUGUUGGAGGAACGGUGUACUACUUGCCCUACAGGUUAGCUGCCAGGUAUCCAAAGACCCGGAUCGGUCAGUUGGCCACGUACACAGAUCACAGCAGGAAGUUGGACCUGUGUGACGACUACAUCGUCCAGAGCAACGAGUUCUUCUUUGACCGGGACCCUAAAAUCUUCCACAACAUCUUCAACUUCUACAGAACUGGAGUGUUGUGCAUUAAAGAUGAGCUGUGUCCCCGCCACUUCCUGGAGGAGAUUAACUACUGGGGCGUCAGAAUCAAAAACAGCCAACGCUGCUGCCGCAUCUCCUUUGAAGAGAGGCAGGACGAGCUCACUGAGCAGCUGAAAAUACAGAGACAGCUGAUAGCGGAGGUGGAGAUGGAGGAGAACGAGGUGUUAUUUGACGGCAUGGCCUUCGGACCGAUCCGAAAAAUGAUCUGGAGCCUGAUGGAGAAGCCUUUCUCCUCAGUCACCGCCAAACUGAUGGGAGUCGCCUCCUCCAUGUUCGUGCUGGUCUCACUGGUCGCCAUGACACUCAACACCGUGGAGGAGAUGCAGUACAAGACGCCAUCAGGCCAGCUCAGCGGCAGAUUCUAUGGCGAGUACGUGGAAACAUUCUGCAUCUCCUUCUUCACCCUGGAGUACCUGCUGCGCCUGCUGUCCACCCCUGACCUCAGGUGUUUCGGACGCAGCAUGCUGAACACCGUCGACCUGGUCGCCAUCCUGCCACACUACCUGCAGAUGGCCCUGGAGUGCUUUGAUGACGAGGACAUCCACUCUCACGCAGGGGACAUCGAGACCAUGGCACGGGUCGGAAAGCUGGGUCAGGUUCUGAGGAUCAUGCGUCUGAUGCGAAUCUUCAGGAUCUUGAAGCUGGCUCGUCACUCGACAGGCCUCAGAGCGUUUGGCUUCACACUGAGACAGUGCUACCAGCAGGUGGGCUGCUUACUGCUCUUCAUCGGCAUGGGCAUCUUCAUGUUUUCAGCCAUGGUGUACACUGUGGAGCACGACGUGCACAACACCAACUUCACCUCCAUGCCGCAAGCAUGGUGGUGGGCUGCUGUGAGCAUUUCCACAGUGGGCUACGGCGACAUGUUCCCUGAGACCAACCUGGGCCGCAUCUUCGCCUUCGCCUGCAUCUCCUUCGGUGUCAUCCUAAACGGCAUGCCCAUCUCCAUCCUCUACAACAAGUUCUCUGACUAUUACACCAAGCUCAAGGCCCACGAGUACACCGCCGUCACCAAGGCCCGCGGGAAGGUGCAGUUCGGCAGGAGGGCGGCAAAGAGGUUGGCCGAGUACUGCGAGGACGUGGUUCAGCCGAGGACAGUCAAGUAUAUGAAAUAAGACUUUUGACAUUCUACCAUCAAGAAUUAAACUGCAGAAAUCAUGGGGGUUUGAACCAAUA